AUGGGCGGCCAGGGGCAAGUUUUUCUGGGCCAAAUGGGCGGCGCAGGGGCAAGUUUUCUCGGGCCAAUGGGCGGGGCAGCUCGGCCAAUGGGCGCCAGGGGCAAGUUUUUCUGGGCCAUUGGGCGGCCGGGGGCAAGUUUUUACGGGCCAUUGGGCGCGCGGGGAGCAAGUUUUUCGGGCCAUUGGGCGCGCAGGGGCAAGUUUUUACGGGCCAAUGGGCGGCAGGGGCAAGUUUUACGGGCCAAUGGGCGGCAGGGGCAAGUUUUUACGGGCCAUUGGGCGCGCAGGGGCAAGUUUUUCUGGGCCAAUGGGCGCGCGGGAGGCAAGUUUUUACGGGCCAAUGGGCGGCAGGGGGCAAGUUUUUCUCGGGCCAAUGGUGGCAGGGGCAAGAUUUUUACGGGCCAAUGGGCGGCAGGGGCAAGAUUUUCUGGGCCAAUGGGCGCGCAGGGGGCAAGAUUUUCUCGGCCAAUGGGCGGCAGGGAGCAAGUUUUUCUCGGCCAUUGGGCGGCGGGGCAAGUUUUUACGGGCCAUUGGUGGCGCGGGGCAAGUUUUUCUGGGCCAUUGGGCGGCAGGGGCAAGUUUUUACGGGCCAUUGGGCGGCCGGGGCAAGUUUUUCUGGGCCAAUGGGCGGCGGGGGCAAGUUUUACGGGCCAAUGGGCGGGCCGGGGCAGAGUUUUACGGGCCAUUGGGCGGCAGGGGCAAGUUUUUCUGGGCCAAUGGGCGGCAGGGGCAAGUUUUCGGGCCAUUGGGCGCGGGGGCAAGUUUUUCUGGGCCAUUGGGCGCGCGGGGCAAGUUUUUCGGGCCAAUGGGCGGGCGGGGGCAAGUUUUUACGGGCCAUUGGGCGGCAGGGGCAAGUUUUUCUGGGCCAAUGGGCGGCGGGGCAAGUUUUUCUGGGCCAAUGGGCGCGCGGGGCAAGUUUUUACGGGCCAUUGGGCGCGCAGGGGCAAAGUUUUUCUUGGCCAUUGUGCUUGUGGCGGGGCAAGUUUUCUGGGCCAUUGGGCGUGGCGGGGCAAGUUUCCUAGGCCAUUGGGCGCGGCGGGGCAAGUUUUCUAG